UGUAACUGACAGCAAAGUUGCCAUCCCAGCCCAAGACAUCAUUUUUUUUUCUAUUUAUCACACAGACAUGUUUUAAGUGGCGCCGCCUCAUGCUUUUCUCUCUUUUCCUUUUCCUUUUUUUCUCGGAAAGGUGUUGGAGCGGCGGGGCAAUUCCCACAAAUUAAACAUGCUACCGUGCUUCGCCCUAUAAGCUUCCAAGGAGCCUGAGCUUCCCAAUCAAUCGCCACAGUCGAGCAGCGGCAGCCUGCCGGACGGCGGAGACCGACGAAGGUCUCGCUUCCUGCCGGAUAUUGGGGACCUCUACCAUGUCCUAUCCACAAUUCGGAUACCCCUACUCGUCUGCUCCGCAAUUCCUAAUGACAAGCAACUCUCUGAGCACUUGCUGCGAGUCCACCGGCAGGUCCAUCGCCGACUCCGGGGUGGCCGCGUCCGGCCAGACGCCGGUCUACUGCCCGGUGUACGAGAGCCGGCUGCUGGCCACCGCCAGGCAUGAGCUCAGCUCGGCCGCCCUGGGGGUCUACGGGAGCCCCUACGCCGGCACCCAAGGGUACGGCAACUACGUUACGUACGGCACCGACGCCUCCGCCUUCUACUCGCUGGGCACAUUUGAUGCAAAAGACGCCAGCGCCUCGGCACAUGCGGGAAUCACCCCAGCGACAGCCUACUACCCCUACGACCCAACCUUGGGGCAGUAUCAGUAUGACAGAUACGGCUCCAUGGAUGGAGGACCAAGGCGGAAGAACGCCACACGUGAGACCACCAGCACCCUGAAGGCCUGGCUGCAGGAGCACAGGAAGAACCCGUACCCCACCAAAGGCGAGAAGAUCAUGCUGGCCAUCAUCACCAAGAUGACCCUGACUCAGGUGUCCACGUGGUUCGCCAACGCCAGGAGGAGGCUGAAGAAAGAGAACAAGAUGACAUGGCCCCCCAGGAAUAAAGGCUCCGAGGAAAAGCGAUAUGAUGACGACGACGACGGCUCCCAGGAGGAGCAGAUCAAAAGUGAAAGUAAUGAAAAUGACAGUCGAGGCCGGUCCAGCAAAGACCUCCAGCUGAGCGACCUGGAGGAUUUUGACACCCUGGAGUCCGAGAGCUCGGAGUGCGAGUUGAAGCACCGAUACCACAUGAACCCCCACAUGACGACCACCGGCGACUGCCCCGCCGAGCACCUCGUCAAGGACGUGUCCAUGAAAAUCUCCGGUCCGGGUUCCCUGGCAGGGGAGCGGGACUUGAGCAAAGGUUGCCUCAAAACGAACCCGGACGAGUUCCAGACGGAGAGCAGAGCGCAGCCCAAGCCGUGUUUCAACCAGCAACCGCAGCACCACAUAUUAGACGGAAAACCGCGAAUCUGGUCUUUGGCCCAGACCGCCACGUCCUUGGUCCAGACUGAAUACCCGUCCUGUAUGCUGCGGUGCCAACCGCCGCCCCCCGCCCCCUCCCUCAGCCCGCCACCCGCCGCUACCUCGCCCGCCGCCGGCCCGGACCACAGGCAGGACUCGCCCGUCACCACACUGAGGAACUGGGUGGACGGGGUCUUCCACGACCCCUUGUUCAGGCACAGCACUUUGAGCCAGGCACUGACCCACACCACCGUCUCCUGGAGCAGCAACGCCGCCAAAGGAUCCCUCCUGGACGCGGACAAGAGCGGCCCCGGCGUCCUGCAGCAGGAGGGGCCCAAAGACAGUGCCGUGGCGUUCCCCAAAACUCUCAACAAACUCUUCUGUUCGUAACGAUGCCAAAUGGGACCCUUUAUUUUGAAAGGACAAACUUGUCUCUUGUAGCCGUUACAUCCUGUAACAUAAUUCAACUUCAAUUCCCUUCACUUUUUUUUAUGAUUAUUAUUUUCAACGCACGCACACAAUUCUUAGAAUUGUAUAAUAUGUUUACAUAUCGGGGAAAAUGCCCCGAGGUUUACAGUAUUUAUUAUUUAUUUGCCUUCAUUUCUUAUGAGCAUGCAUAAAUGAUUACAAUAAUAAUUUGGAAGUCACUAUUAAAUAAAAACAAUGAGUAUCACAGAAGCACGGUGCUC